AUGUACGUGUCGUUCCUUCUCGCGGCUGCUGCUGUCAUCACAACAGCCGCAGCUUUGGCAUCGUUGCCAGAACGUCCUAUCCGUGGUGGUUACGGCUACACGCGCAGUCCAGAUCGUUCCGUGUCGCUUACCUCUCCACGUCCGCAUGACGUCCUGGACGUGACAAAGCUGCCAAAGAAUUUUGACUGGCGUAACGUCAAUGGCACGCGCUAUGUGACCAUCUCGCGUAAUCAGCACAUUCCUCACUAUUGCGGAUCUUGCUGGUCCUUUGCUGCAACCUCUGCUUUAGCGGAUCGUAUUUUAAUUGCCAAGGGACGUCAUCCCCACAAUAAAUCAUCCGUUGAUGUACACCGUGAGGUUGUCCUGUCUCCACAAGUGUUGCUGAAUUGUGACAAAAAGGACAAUGGCUGCCAUGGCGGUGAUCAAUUGGAAGCUUAUCGUUACAUGAAAGAGAAUGGGGUUCCAGAAGAAGGUUGUCAACGAUACGAAGCUACAGGACAUGAUACGGGCAAUACGUGCACAGACAGGGACGUGUGUGAGAAUUGUCUACCAUCUAAAGGCUGCUUCCCACAGAAAACGUACGACAAGUACUAUGUGUCAGAGUACGGCACGACACUUGGAGAGCAACAGAUGAUGGCAGAAAUUUAUGCUCGUGGACCUAUUGCGUGCAGUGUUGCAGUUACAGACGAGUUCCUCAAGUAUUCGGGUGGUAUUUUUGACGACAAGACGAAUGCUACGGAUGUGGACCAUGCCAUUUCUAUUGUCGGGUGGGGCGAAGAGAAUAAUGUGCCGUUCUGGGUCUUACGUAAUAGUUGGGGAAGUUUUUGGGGAGAAGAUGGAUGGAUGCGACUUGUACGGGGGGUAAACAAUGUUGGUAUCGAAGGAGAAUGUGCAUUUGGUGUGCCUAAAGAUGACGGUUGGCCAACUUCUACUACUAUUAAAGAAGACGAGGCUCGACAAGAGGAAGAAGACGUAACCAAUGACGCCGAAGAGGAUCAAUCGAUGAAGUCGACGCUAGCUGGCUGUCGCCAAAAGCUGCACUUUGCCGGUGGCGAGCGUGUGACCUCGCAGCUGCCUCACGAAACAAUGGACCUCAAGGACCUUCCAAAGACUUGGGACUGGCGCGAUGUCAAUGGCAAGAACUACGUUACGUGGGACAAAAACCAACACAUUCCAAAGUAUUGCGGGAGCUGCUGGGCUCAGGGCACGACUAGUGCUCUGUCUGAUCGCAUCUCCAUCAUGAGAAAUGCUUCCUGGCCCGAGAUUGCAUUGUCGCCUCAGGUCCUCAUCAAUUGCCACGCUGGAGGCACUUGCAAUGGUGGUAACCCUGGUUUGGUGUAUGAGUAUGCACACCGCCAUGGUAUCCCUGACCAGACGUGCCAAGCCUACCAGGCGACGAACCUCAGAUGUGAUCAAUUUGCAAUUUGCGAAACCUGCUGGCCGUCAAAGGAGUCGUUUACUCCUGGUGUGUGCGAAUCGGUUAAAAAGUUCACGAAGUAUUACGUUUCCGAGUAUGGCUCUGUGAGUGGUGCAGACUAUAUGAAGGCCGAGAUCUACAAGCGUGGCCCCAUUGGAUGUGGCGUGCACGCAACUAAAAAGUUCGAGGCGUAUACGGGCGGCAUCUAUUCUGAGCACGUCAUGUUUCCUUUUAUCAACCACGAAAUUUCGGUGGCUGGUUGGGGUCAUGACGAGGAAACGGACACCGAGUACUGGAUCGGACGGAACUCAUGGGGGACGUACUGGGGUGAGAAUGGCUGGUUUCGUAUUCAAAUGCACCAUAACAACCUCGGCAUCGAACAAGAAUGCGACUGGGGUGUGCCGCUACCGGACGGUUCUAAGCCUAAAGACUUUGUCAUUUCUAUCGACUAUCAAGGCAACAAGGAGGCGGGCGGUGCGACGAUGCAAGACUUUCUUCACAUGGUAGCUCUUGAUGAAGUAAGCGAUCAAUGUCACUUGUUCACCGAUGUGUUUGAUCGUCUAGUGCAGUUGAUUUUGGCAUUCAUUGCUGUCUUUGUCCUGUACAUUAAGCGUAAACUCGAGUUACCCAUACGUCCCAUGAAAGUAUGGGUGCUUGACGUAAGCAAACAGUCUCUGGGUGCGCUGUACAUUCACUGUAUCAGCAUUAUCUUGUCCAUUGAGACAGUCGCUUCUACUUCCACAGUCUACGACGAGUGUGGCAUUUACUUCGUGAACUACGUCAUUGACACGACAUGGGGAGGUUUCAUCAUGAUUGUGUUUCUAAAAGGAAUCAACAAGGUAGCUGCACGGUUCGGUGUCGUGAGUAUUGCCCAUUGUGGAGAUUAUGGUGACCCACCGCGACUGCAGAUCUGGUGGACUCAAUUCUUUGUGUACCUCGUUGCACUCACGCUCAUGAAAGUACAUAACGUGCUUAUCAUCUGGGUCUUUUUCACCGACAUCGCGUACUUUUCCACUAACCUCUUCUCAGCUUUCGAGGACUAUCGACACUUGGAGCUAUCUAUCGUUAUGCUUGUCGUGCCCGGUUGUUGUAACGCAGCGCAGUUUUGGAUCAUAGAUUCUUACUUGAAGAUCGAGAGCAAUCAGCUUCAACUUCUGGGCUCACGUGUAGAUGACAGUGAAAAGCUGUGCAUAGGACAAAAAGCUGUUGCAUGCUUCUCUCAGCCACCGCUUUUCCAAGGUGAAGAGUCUGUCAAGAGCGUGAUUCUUCUUUAG